UUGUUAAAGCUAUCAUCUUCACGUCCAACUCACAAACCACUUGUUCCUCUCUCCGUUACUCGUAGCCACACACUCCAUUGCUGGUGCCAUUCAAAUGCGGCGUUCUAGUACUUCAAGGACUCCUUCAAGGUCAUCGUCAAAUUCAUCCAACAACUCUAAUACAAGGCAACAAACGUCUAGGCCAACAGUGCUAGUGUCAAUUCCACUUGAAGAGAAUGAACUACUUGGAGUUAAGCUUAAUAAAUCUUUGAUUGUAACGAGCGUCCAACGAAGGUCUCCAGCACACGGUCAUUUGCAUGUCGGCGACAAAGUAUUAACGGUCAAUGAUCGUAAGAUUAGAGACGUGGAUGCAUUCUUCAGGAUUCUGCGCAUAACCUUUCCUGUCGCGAAUAUUUUGGUUCGGAGGCUGGGUACCAGUAGCCGUGUUAUCAACACAGAAAGAUCGCCGGAGAGAACAGCAACAUCUAUUGUACGUGACGAACCUCAACAACAACGAUUACCCCAAGCACAGCUGGCUGAUGAUUUGCCACAGGAAAUACGGACAGCAAUAGAAAAACGUAGAGGAUAUAGAUAUUCGGUAAUUAAAAGACUAAAUGAAAUAGGAAAAAAUCUCUCUUUUUUUCAGUUAGUAACAAUUGAUCGAGUUCGCGGCACCUCCCUUGGCCUUUCCAUCAAAACGAGAGAUAAUCGCGUUCUUGUUACCAAUGUGGAGCCAGAAUCACUGUGCUCACCACAUCUGAGGCAGUAUGAUCACAUUGUCUACGUGGACAGCGUGCGAGUAACUCAAGCGGAGGUGGCAAAGCAUUUGAUGGUCAGGUCUCUUAGUGAGGUAGAAAUUUUAAAAAUAUUUUAA